CCCGUAACACGGCCCAUUGUCAAAGCGAUGAGUGUCUACCAGUAUGUGGUCACUGCUCAAAAGCCCACGGCGGUGCAUUUCGCCGUCAAGGGAAGAUUCACCUCCUCCGACGAAAUCAACUUGAUAAUUAGUAAAGGAACGAGGAUAGAGAUAUUCACUUUGACGCCCGACGGCUUACGACCUGUCAUUGAAUUUGGAAUCUACGGCCGCAUUGAGGCUAUGGAAAUAUUUUCCCCACCUGACGUAUCUACGGACUCAUUAUUCAUAUUGACAGAAAGAAACACGUUCUGUAUCUUGACUUACAAUCCGGCUACCCAAGAUAUCGUUACGGCUGCUAAUGGGGAUGUGAGAGAUAGAAGCGCCCGCCCUCUAAAUUGCGGCAUGCGAGCUAUGAUCGAUGCAGAGUGCAAAGCAAUCGUGUUGACUAUGUACGCUGGUCUUGUCAAGGUACUUCCAUUUGCCACUGGGGAGACUUCAAGUCUAAGGGCUCCCAAAUCAAAAGGGAAGAACGUUGUCGGCCGACAUACAGGUGAAAUCGGAGAAGGUUUUAAUGUCAGAAUCGACGAAGUCAACCUACUGUCUUCGGUCAUGCUUCACGGUGUCGAAACCCCUACUCUUAUGAUUCUUUACGAAGAUACCCGAGCUGCGCGCCACGUAAAGACAUACGAAAUCAAUCUGAGGAGUAAGGACAAAGCCGGCGGAUCCAAUUUCCGAGCAAAGGUGGAAACAGGUGCAAACUUGUUGAUUGCCGUACCUGCACCCCUUGGAGGAGCAUUAGCUAUCGGCGAGCAAACUAUAACCUACAUCCACCCUGACCGAUCUCCCAUUAGCAUCAACAUAGAAGGAACUGUCAUUAGAUCAUACGGCUUGAUAGAUGAGGAUGGAACGAGAAUAUUAUUGGCUGACUAUCUGGGCCAUUUAUAUGUCCUUGUUUUGAUUUCUCAAGGUGGAGCGCUUGCAGGCUUGCAAAUUGAGCGACUUGGCGAGGUGUCGACUCCUUCGUCCAUCGUCUAUCUGGACAAUGGAUUUGCCUACAUUGGGUCAUCUUCCGGCGACUCUCAACUAGUACAGUUACACAAUGUUCAAAAUGAUGAAGGUUCCUAUCUUGAAAUACUGGAGGAGUAUCCAAACAUGGCCCCCAUCACCGAUUUCUGCAUUGUCGAUCUCGAAAGGCAAGGUCAAGGCCAACUUGUGACUUGCUCUGGUGCUGGUAAAGAUGGAUCGUUGAGAAUUGUUCGAAAUGGUGUUGGUAUCGAUGAGCAAGCGACUCUCGAAAUGCCUGGUGUUAAAGGUCUGUGGUCAUUGGCUGAUUCAUACGGUUCUAUGCACGAAGAAACCAUCGUAUUCUCGUUUAUUGGCGAAACUCGCGUACUUCAUCUGAACGAUUCAGAGUUGGAAGAAGCUGAGCAGUUUUCCGGGUUUGACAUGGCCCAUAGUACAGUCGCUUGUGGCAAUGUAGCUGGUAACCUUCUAGUGCAGGUCACAGAAGUGAGCGUACGACUGUCAGGAUGCUCAACAGAAGGAAAAUUGAUUGACGAAUGGAUUCCGGACGAACCUGGCUCAACUAUCACUGUAGCUUGUUUGAAUGGCACACAAUGUAUUCUAUCUUAUGGUAACGGCUCGUUGGUUUUACUUGAAGUACAAGGCGAUAAACUGGUUAAAAUUAGAGAAACUCAGCUGGAAUAUGAAAUUGCAUGCAUUGACAUCUCCCCGUUUGAGAGUGAAUGCUCAGAAAAAUCACAAUUUGUUGCUGUGGGCCUUUGGACAGACAUUACUGCACGCAUCCUCUCGCUACCAGAUUUCAAGCCCUUGGUCAAAGAAAGCCUUGGCAUAGAAUCUAUACCUCGUUCUAUCUUGAUGACAACUCUGGAAGACAUCCCUUACCUGUUUGUAGCAUCUGGUGACGGACAACUUUUCUCUUUCAAAUUUGAUCAACAUACAUCCAGUCUGGUCGAGCGAAAGAAAAUAGCUCUAGGCACUCAACCAAUUGUUCUGCAAACCUUCAAAACUGGUACCACAACCAACAUCUUUGCUGCUUCAGAUCGACCUACUGUUGUCUAUAGCAAAAAUCAAAAAUUGCUGUAUUCUAAUGUUAAUCUGAAGGAAGUCAACUACAUGGUCUCUUUCAAUAGUGAGUCGUUUCCCAAUUCAGUGGUGCUCAACACGGAUGAAAGCACCAUCAUUGGCAAAAUAGAUCAGAUUCAAAAGUUGCAUGUAUCCAAAAUUGGUCUUGACAAGGAAAUGGCAAGACGUAUCGCCUAUCAAGAAAGUUCUCGAUCAUUCGGUAUCAUCACACUCAAGAUUCAGAUUGAUGCUGGUAGCGGUGAUGAGCAAGCCCUUGGGUUUUUCCGCAUCCUCGAUGACCGGCUAUUUGAAGUACUAGACAGCUUUGCGUUGGAUCAAGACGAAACAAUAGAGUCUAUCAUCAGUCUGACGUUCGAAGCUGAUUCAAACGAAUACUAUGUCGUCGGUACUGCACGUCCCACGCCAGAAGAUUCUAACGUUCAUAAGGGUCAUCUUCGCGUAUUCUCGGUAUUGCCUACGCGACACCUCAAGUUGGUUACUGAAUUAGAGGUUCGAGGAGCGCCGUAUGUGUUGAGAGAAUUUAAUGGUAAACUGUUGGCAGGAAUCAAUGGAAAGGUGGAAAUCUUCCAGUUGAGGAUAGAAGAGGACGGCAGCUAUAACUUAUCCUUGCACUGUUCCCACCAUUCUAAUGUGGUUGCACUCUACAUCGAGACCAGAGGCGAUUUCAUUGUUGUUGGAGAUCUCAUGGAGUCAGUAUCUGUGCUGAUGUACUCUGACGGAGCUCUUGAACAAGUAGCAAAAGACUACAACGCAAACUGGAUGACUUCGGUUGGCAUGAUUGAUCAAGACACGUACAUCGGAUCUGAGACAGGAUACAAUUUGUUCACGCUCAAGCGCAAUGCUGGUGGUGCUACACCUGAGGAACGUAGAAAACUAGAAGUCAUGGGCGAGUUCCAUUUAGGAGAGUUUGUCAAUCGAUUCAGAAAAGGAUCCUUGGUUAUGAAUCAGAACGAAGUGGAAGGAUCACCGAUCUUGUCGUCCAUUCUUUACGGUACCAUUAAUGGAGUCAUUGGCGUCAUUGCAAAUAUCACUCAGGAAUCAUACGAAUUACUUGAAAAACUUCAAUACAAUAUGACCCAUGUAAUCCAUGGAGUAGGUGGUUUAAAAUAUGAAGAAUGGAGGACCUUUUAUAACGAUCAACGAACUGGCGAGUGUCGUAACUUCAUUGACGGCGAUCUCAUCGAGACCUUUUUGGAUUUCAACUCAGACCAAAUGCAACUGGUUGUCGAUGGCUCCAAAUGGGGUACCCCACUUGAAACUAGCGUUGAAGAUGUGAUCAGGCUGGUUGAAAUAAUGGUGCGAAUACAUUAAAAUUGUACCAGACCAACCAUACAUUGCGUGUACCAAAGAAAAAAAAAAAGAGAAGAAACUUAUUCCGAGCCAUUUUAUGUUUAUAACCUAACACGUUAGAAAAGCAGGAUCAUUU